ACCAGCAUGCACGUCGGGUUUUCGGGCGUUCGGCGGAUCGGCAAAACAAUGUUUUGUUAUGUUAUUGGUCAUACCCAUCGAUGUAAAUUCAUACACAGUUUCGUUUUAUGAUUUGCAGUCUAGUAGAACUGAGUAAAAAACGAGUUGUGGAACCGGGAAGUUGGUUUGAAAUAAAGGCUAAAAAAAAAAGUAACAGUAGACAUACUUGCAAGAUCGGCCACAAAUAAACUACGGUUGAGAAGUGAGCAAUGGCGAGUUUAGAAGUGACAAGAUCUCACGGUAUCGCUAAAGCAUCAUGGAUGCAAAGACAGAGUGACAUUUUGAGCCGAUGGAAGUAUUCCUUUUGUGUUUUGUACCGGAACGGAAAGUUCAACUUCUACAAGGAUGAAAAGAUGACUUCUGAACAAGGAUCUAUCAACAUCCCCAAGAGCUGUUAUGCAGUCAAUGCUGGUUUGGAAAUCUCAGGAUCGCCUACACCCCCGACCGGUAGAGACAAGCAUUGCCUUCUGGAGCUCAGAUCCCAUGAGAUCAAUAUUCUGUUCUGCACAGACUCGGUCGAUGACAGCGUCUCAUGGAAGUCUUCAAUUCUGGAGGUCAAAAACUCACUGACACAACCAGCUCAGCCUCCUGCUGCUGCACAACCCUCCUACAUGAUGGCCCCGCCCCCUUAUUCCGCCACCCAGGCUCCAGUGCAGCAGGUAAUGCUACCCCCAGUACAGCAGGUUGUGGCACCCCCUGUCCAGCAUGUUCAGGUUAACCCAUAUGGGGGUUGCACAACCACCUACACAACUUACCAGGCACCCAACACACAGUACGUGGUUCCCCCGACCAAUCAGACGGUGAUCGUCAAUGGGCGUACUUGCCACCAGAGAAGGACAACCUACCCGGUGCAGAACACAGUUUACACCUACCCUGGCCAAACGGUCUACACAUACCAAGCCGGACAAAACAUUGUGACUCGCUACUAAUGCAACAAGCAUCCCGUCUCAUCUGGUCAUGAUUCUACUGUUUGUGAGGCAAGCUGAAAAAUUAUAAUUUGUGCCAAUUCGCUUUGGGAGCUAAGAGGGAAAUAAAUUGUAAAUAGACUUAAACAAAUUUAAAGCUUCUAAUUUUAAAGUUUAACGAUUGUUUGUAAUGGCCUGCAAGUAGGCCUAUAGAAUAUUUCCCGAGCUGUUUCAAACAGAUGUUUCGAUAAGUGCAUAGCCACAAUCGUGGGUAAACUGUUUGGUACAAAGACACCAAAUGAACAGUGUAUAAAUGUUGAGUAAUUUCUUUUGCUGAUGUCGUAUUGAACAAACUCAAGCACUUUUUGUGUAUCAUUGACACAGCAAUUGUUAAUUGCGAUAUAAUAACAAAUAUUGACAUAAUCAGUGGUUUCACCAAGCUCUUGUUCAUAAAACAGUCACGAACAAAAUGUAUAUUCAUGAUUGUGGCUGUGCACAUACGUGUAGAAUGUAAAAAGAAUUAUAUAAUUAAUUUAUAUUUCAGGGUGAUUUGGUUCACCACCAGCUGAUUAUAGAUGCCCGCUCGAUUUAUUGUAUGGUCGUGACCUCGUGAUACUUCUUAAAGACACUGGACACUAUUGGUAAAUGUCAAAGACCAGUCUCCUCACUUGGUGUAUCUCAACAUAU